AUGGAUGUCUGCAUUUCGGGUAUACACAAAAUCAGUGAUUUAGAUUCAUAUUACGACUAUCAAUGUGAAUUUGAAAGAAGAGUUAAUGAAAAGGAUGAGGCUUAUAGAAAGAUCAAUCAGAUUACUGAAAAAUCUGAAAAUAAUAGUAAGCAUACAAUGAUGAAAACCUUCAAGCAUUUGCAUCUGGACCAGUCAAUAGCUUGCGCUGAGGAUUGA